ACGAUAUUCUAAUAGCGAAGCAAGAUAUGUCACUUUUUGUGCACGUAUUCUACGAUGUAAAAUCUGUAGAAGCGAUUUAAAUAUUACGUAAAACCACAUAAAUGUAUUUUUCAAUUGAAAAAUGGAUAUCGAAACUGAGAAUGUUAUAAAUCUUGUUUUUCCUGACGGUAUACCAGAAUCAUGGAAAGAAAGUCCAGAUUUUUACCAGUACUUAUCAAAGCUUGGUGGUUAUGACGUUGAUCAACUUAGUAAAGAACCUGACCAUUUAAAUGAUGAGAAAACCUCAGUGUUACAAACUACACAAGAACUUGCUUUUGCAAAUUAUAAAACCUUUAUUCAAACUGCAGAAAGUUCCAGGGAGAUAUUUAAACAAUUUAAUGAGACUGAAAAUCGACUUAAUGGACUUGUGCAAAAAAUACCCAAAUUUGUGGAGAAGUGCCAAUCAUUUUGUGAUACUUCAAAGGAUAUAAAUACACAUAGAAGAAUAAAUAGUUUAACAUUAACCAGAAAUGCAGAGUUACUUGAAGUGCUUGAAAUGCCUCAAUUAAUGGAAUCCUGUUUAAGAAGUAAUCAAUAUAACGAAGCAUUAGAAUUAUCUCAAUAUGCACGUCAAUUAGGAACAAAACAUGGAGAUAUUCCAAUCAUAUCGUCCAUAGUGGCAGAAAUUGAAAGCAGUUGGUCUGGUAUGGUAGGACAAGUUGUUGGGUCAUUGAGAGGAGAUCUACCACUUCCAAGAUGCUUACAACUUGUUGGAUUGCUACGAUCAAUGGAUGCUUUCACAGAAUCAGAAUUACGAAUCAAAUUCUUACAAGCUCGUGACAGUUGGCUUCAAAAUCUUUUAAAUGCAAUACCUAAAGAUGAUCCUAAUCUUCAUAUCACAAAAACAAUAGAAUUAUCAAGGAUACAUUUGUUUAAUAUAAUCACACAAUAUAGAGCUAUGUUUAACGAUGAUGAACUUAUAAUACCAGGAAGAGAUCCAACUGUAAAUGAAUGUGCUAUAUUUUAUCACUGGCUAGAAGAAAAGAUAUCUCAGUUUUUAAUAACUUUAGAACAGGAUUUACCUGGUGUAACAUCUAUAGAUUCUAUUCUGGGUCAGUGUACAUAUUUUGGUUUAUCAUUUGGUAGAGUGGGUGCAGAUUUUACUGGGCGCAUGUCUGAUAUAUUUGUACGCGUUAUUGGGGAAAAAUUCGAGUCCAGUGUUCAUAAAACAACUAAAAAAUUUGAAAAAGAUAUGGAAUCAUUUACGUUAAUUAAUAAAUCACAAAAAACUAAUGUCAAAAUGACUACUGCAAUUAAAUCAGAAAAUCCACCAGAACAAUUGGUGGAAUUCUAUCCACUAGCUGAAUACUGCAAUGGUCUCAUAUCAGCUUUCAAUGAAAUACGACUCUGUCCGCCAGUGGCGCUUUCUGUUUUCUGUACAAAUAUUUUACAGGAAUCUUUAUACAGUGUGACCAAGUCAAUAUUGUUUUUUUAUAAACAAGAACAACAAGCUUUUACAGCAUCAGAAAGAGAGAAUAUGCUUAGAUUUAUAGAGAGUUUAAGCGAACAACUAAUUCCUUAUGUACAGUAUUGUAUUCAUCUUAUUUUUCCACCAAGUCAAACUGCAGUCCAUUUAGGAAUUUCAGAGAAUUUAUUACAAAAAGAGGGAAUAACAUAUUUAAACAGAAACAGUAUAUUAGAACCCUUAGCGCCUUUAUUACCGGUUCCAAAAAACACCAAAGAUUCCAUUACUUCCCCGCAUUCCGUUUCUAAUGUACAGUCACUGAUGCUACAAAAAACUUCCAAUGAAACAUCGGUAUCUGAGAAUACCGAAACAAAUACAACUACUGCGUCCCUAGAAAAAAUGAAGAUAUCCGAUUCACAUUCGCCUACUGAUCAAAAAACUGAAUUACCCGACUCGCAGAAAACAGUAACUCCGACGGAAGAUACAAGGACUCUCGCAAACAGAUCAAGUGAUAAUAUCUUAGAUCAAAAUAGAUAAUUAUAAAUUUGUAUUUCCUUAUACGUUGUUGCAUACAAACAAUGUUGCAUACAACAUACAUGUAAAUAAAAAAGUAAUUUUUUAAAUUAA